UUUACUGACCAAUGUUUAAGUUGAUUGAAAAUUUCCAUGUAAAAUCGUAUGGGUUUGACUCGAAACGACACAAGAAGCAACCAUACAAAGUUGUAAGGCUUGUUUGGUAUCUGCUGAAUUCGUAAUUUGAUUGUGGUUUUGUGACAAAAUUUUCGAAAGAUCGAGUUUAAUUUUACCGAGUGUUUCAUACGCAAAGUGUCGUCCCGAAUGUGAAAUAAAACGUGGUAAUGGUGUAGAGAGUUUAAUUGUUCGCUAAGCUAAAAACGCAAGUGUGAAUUAAGUACAUAUGAAAUAAAUCAUAGACUCUACAAUGUUGAGAAAACUUUAAAUUCAAACCAAACAAAAGAGCCGACGAAAAUCCCUAGAAUUAUUUAGCUAACAAACUUUAACUUCUCUUUGACUAGGUAUAUCAAGAAUUAAACGAAAAACAAAAAUUAUUCUUGUUCUUAAUUUGUUGGAACACGUUCCAUCGCAGACAUUGAACAGAAGUAAGGUCAUUGUGCAUCAAUAUGACCGAUAGUAUGUGUGCUGUAAGGCAAAGGUAAAACAAUAAAAAACGAGAAACGAACAGUGUCACUUCAAAACGUUGUGAAUCGUUCUGAGAACAAAAAUUCGUGUGGAACGAAUCGAGUGAUAAUUAAGAAGUCAUAAUAUUUAUCCAAACACACAUCACAUUGCCGUCAUGUCCACAAAUACCAACAACCACAAAUUAACUGGUAAUAUUAAUAGUUUAUCAAAUAAACAUCAACUACCGCCAACGUCGCAGCCUCAACCACAGCACCAUCAGUCAACCAAUUUAGGUUCAACCGUACAAGGAACACAGAAUCAACAGCAGACCAUUCCACCGCGAUAUCAGCCGCCCCCUCAACCACCUGGAGGAAUUUUAAAAAACAUUCCCAGCAGCAAAACCGUUUCGUCUUAUUAUACGGGUGAACAAAACAACGGGCCACAACAACUGAAAUACCCUCCAGACGUUCCGAAGGUAGCUGCUGUUUAUAUUCCAGAAAGUGUACGUUCCGCCAAUCCGAAAGUGAUACCAUCACGGUUACCGAACUAUCGUCAUUCAACCGGUCAGGUUUUGUCGCAACCACAACAAAUAACUCAGCAUACACAAAUUCAAAUACAUCAGCCACCCCAGCAACAGAAUUCCCGUUUAAUAUCCGACGAAAAUCAGAACCAUCGACAAUCACAGCAAUCACAAGAAAUGUUGAAAUUCGUAAGAAAACCGGAAAAUGAAACGAGCGUCGCGACAAAUUCAAAUACUGGACGAUUAUCAGCAGAACAGAAUCGUCAUUUGCAGACAAUGAUUACAGAACUGCGCACGUUGAAAGAUGCCAAUCAACGUUUGAGUGAUGACAAUCAAGAACUACGAGAUUUAUGCUGUUUUCUCGACGAUGAUAGGCAGAAAGGGAGGAAAUUAGCUAGGGAAUGGCAACGAUUCGGCAGAUACACAGCAAGUGUUAUGCGGCAAGAAGUUUCGGCUUAUCAAAAUAAACUGCGCCAAUUAGAUGACAAGCAACAGGAAUUGAUACGCGAUAAUUUGGAAUUGAAAGAGUUGUGUCUGUACUUGGAUGAAGAGCGAGCCAACAUUGCCGCUAAUGUAUCUGUAUGCACAAAUUGCGGAGCAUCGGUUAGGGCUCAACUGCGAGAUGACGGUGAUGGAAGUAGUUCCAGCACAAAUGCUGACGAACCAAUGCCCGCUGUUCGUCAAUUCGAGAGACAAGUACCGGAACUUAAUAUUCGACCCACACUGAGUGAUCAGACCCUUCAAUACGUCCGUUCACUGGAACGGAAAAUUCGGCAAUUGGAGCAGGAAAAUCACAGCGACAAUUCUCAAAAGAAUGGUUCGUCAACCGACCACAUAACUGGUGGACGACCCGAAGCAGUUGUAAGGGCUUUGCAGAUAUUGGAGGUCCGUGAACAACUCGAACGCGAACGAACGGCGAAUGGACUUCCAACCGUGUCCACUGAGCACAUGGAUGAUGGGGAGAAGGCGCUAGUGCUCGAAAUGUGUAAUGUUGUAUGGAGAAAGUUGGAGGAUAGUCCGAACGGCCCUGAACCGAUGUAAUCGCUAGUUAACAUAAAAAUUGAAUAAAAAACAGAAUUUUCCCUGGUGUGUACAAACAAAUAUUUUAUGAUCAGCUAAAUAUGUUAAUAAAA